AUGGCUACUAGCGUUAGCAGAUAUUCUACCCGUAGCACCAGCAAUUUAGCUAAAAAUCUUGUAUCCCUUUGGACUCAACGGCUCCGAGAUGCAGCUAUCCCUGAGCCCAGAACUUCAACACAGCUCAUUAUGGACUAUGUCAUCCGACUAAAUCAAUGUGUAAGAAUAUUACCUAUUCAAAAUGGCAAUCCUGAGCUGACUGUCCAACAAAUUCAACUUUUCAACAAGCUUUGCUCCAAGAGGCUCGAUAGAAUGCCAGUACAAUACAUCAUCCGAGAAUGGGAUUUUAGAUAUAUCACACUGAAGAUGCAACCACCAGUUUUUAUUCCUCGCCCGGAAACUGAGGAGCUAGUGGAUUUGAUAAACUUACAUGAGUUUCAUCAUAAAAGAGAGAACGAAUCAAUCACAUUUCUGGAUAUUUGCUGUGGCAGCGGAGCUAUCGGUUUAUCGCUCUUGUGCGAAAAUCCCCAAGCCACAUGCAUUGCCAUCGAUAAAGAUCCAAAUGCAAUUAGCCUGACAGAAUUAAAUAGCCAACGGCUUAACCUAGGCAGCAGGAUGAUAGUUGAACAUCUCGACGUGAUGAAGACUGAAUUCCAUCAUGGUUUUGGUCAUGAUGAAGCAGUAGAUUUUAUAGUGAGUAAUCCUCCCUAUAUACCUUCUAAACAACUGGCGAGCUUGCAAGAGGAGAUUAUUAGCUUUGAAAGUUCCCUUGCACUCGAUGGCGGUUGCGAUGGCCUAGACAUUGUGAAACAAAUUUUACAUUUUGCACGUUUAUGCUUAAAGGAUAAAGGUAAAAUAUGGUUGGAAGUAGAUAUCAAUCAUCCCGAGAUGAUUGAGCAUUACCUCAAUACUCAUGAUACCGAUUUUACGUACGAUGCAACAUUCAAGGAUUAUACCAAUAGGUACUACAGUAUAUUGCAUCAUCUGUGUUUGCACAUGAAAUCCUUUAACGAUAUAUUUAUUGCUACUGUGUUAAUCCUAUUUUAUGUAUUUUGUAGAGCAAGAUUCUGCAAGUUGGAGUACCAUAAGAAAGAUAAGACAUAA